AUGGAACUCACUUCGAACGCUAUCGAUGCCAACGAAGUUGCAUUUAAGAAACGGAAAAAAAAUAUGGGCAUAAAAAAGGCUAAGGCAAACUCAACCAAUAUGAAUUCAAACGAAACGAGCGAUGUGGCAGUGGAGGCCCCCCCGUCUUCUUCAAACGGGAAGAACACAGAUGAUGAAGAUAUCACAACUAAAAGUAAAGUAAAAAAACAUAGACUAAAAAAAGUGGACCAGCUGCAAAAUGCGGAAGACAAGACACAAAAUGGGGUUUCAAACAACGGCAAUGGAGAAACUAAUGGAGAGUCCAAGAACCAACAAAACAAAAAGAAGAAGUUGACAGAAAAAAAAAAAAAAGAUCAAAAGGAAAGUCUCGAUGCGAAGGGACAACAGGAUGAAGGCACAACUGUCGAAACGGCUGCAGAAAAAAGAGCAAAAUUGAAGGAAGCACGAAAAAUCAAAAACGACUUGAAAGAAAAAAAAAAUAACCCAAUAAACGUCAACAUCGACACGUUGCAAGAACAAAUUGACAGCAUUAACAAACAGCCAACAAAAGACACCAAGCAAAUAAUCUUAGAACUAAAAAAUACACUAAACAUUGUGGAUAGUACGAACGAAAUUAAAAAAAUUGAUGGGCUAAAUAAAAAUGAAAUAAAAACUCUAGACGCAUGGUAUUUUGCCAACAAGUUAAAAAUCAUCCCCUGCUUGUUUGAAGACAAACCGCUGAAUGCAAACUUGCUAAAUGCGCUGUACUACAUCGAACCGGCAUUUAGAAAUAAAAAGGGUAAAAUAAUCAUCUACCUAAAAUUUGUCAAGGCGAAAUAUGAAAAGUCCUUGAAGAGGGGCAGCGAGGGAAAGGUAGACGACAGUGAUGAGGACAACAACGAUAAGAAGGACUCGUACAAGGACGAAGGGAAAGAUAGACAAGAACAGUGCAAAGCUAAAAUUAUGGACAUACUAAACAACGAUUUGCAAAAUUUAAAACAAAAGGAAUACAUGAAAAAGAUACUCGAACUUGUCAAGAACGAAAGCAGUUUUAUCAAUUUGAAGCAUCAUUUCGAUUUUCUCGCAAACGCCUCCAUUGACGUGCUUGACGUGUUCCUAGAGGAAGAUGGACUAACGUGCAUAAAACGGAUUUUGCAAAAUAUAGCCAAAAGGAAGCGCAUGAAAAAAUGCUCCACUUUGCUAAUUCAUAUUCUAAAGGUUUUAAAAAAAUUAAACAUCACUCUGGAUCAUUUAAAGUGCACCUUGAUCGGAGUCCCCAUCAAUUUUAUCGCUAGAAAUAAGGUCGAUGAGAAGAAUGGCUUGAACUAUACCACGGACAACGAGCAGGUUCGGGACUUGGCCAGGGGGCUAAUCGACGAGUGGAAGCUUAUACGGGACAGGGCUUUAACUGGCGUGGGCGACGACCGCGGGGGACACACAGCGGGGGAGGCAAACAGCGAAAGCAAACUGGAAAAAGCAGAAGAAAACGAAGCGGAAAAUGAAGCAGAAAACGAAGUGGAAAACAGAGCGGAAAACGAAGCGGAAAACAGAGCGGAAAGCGAAGCGGAAAAGACAGUAGAAAACAAUGUGGAAGACGCAGUAGAAAGCAAACUGGAGAAUUCGCUAGAAAAUGCCCCAGAAAACAAGAUGGACAGUGCAACACCCCCCCGGGGCGAUGCGGACAGCCGAGCGGGCCUUCCAACCAAAAGCAAAACCAUGGGCGCGCUCCCCAGGGAGAGCCAGAACGAUCGCGCGAUCAGAAAGGCGAAAUCAAUGAACCUUAGGAAGGACGAAAAAACAAACCAAGAAGGAACGAAGGGAAGUCCACACUUCCUCCAUCUGGAGCCGAAAGGUGUAAUCCCUCAUGCCAAAAGUAAUGAUAAAAAAAAAACAGACAGGUCCAACGAAGGCAAAAAUAUUAUGCUAGAAAUAAUAGACACACUAAAUGAAGAGUACGAAAAGAAAAAAAAAAGACAUCAAGAAUAUAAAAAAGCAAAAAUUGAAGGAAAAAUUAAAAAGUUUAGUGCUUUGAAAAAUACGUCUGAAAAUGCCAAGAGUGAAAAACUCCUCCCCGACAUUGCGAGUAUUCCUAAACCCCAUUUGGAUAGCUCCUUAAUGCCCCAGCAUCAUCACAUAAGCAAAAAUUUCUCACAAAAUAGUAGCAGUGUUAUGAAUAACUAUAUGCAAAACUUGAGCUAUUCAAUGAACAAAAGUGCAAAGAUGAUGAGUGCAUCUCCCCCAUCACAUGAUAGGUUCAACAGAGGAAAGGAAAACUACUCUUUGGAUCUCCCAAAAAAACAAAACGGGAAUGCAUACCUACAGGAAGAAGAGCCAUACAAUAGUAGCAACAUUGUUGGUAGAAAUAAAAGCUUACUGAACAGGACCACCCACACAACGGAAAACAAAUCUGCUUACUUGAACAAGUACAACGGUACCCACGAUGGUACGAACAUUGCAAGCCAACCGUUUGCAGAGAAUGAAACCUUGUUUGGUUAUCCACCGGCCAACAUCAUGAACAAAGAUAUGAGCUAUUUAAAAAAUAAACGUAGCAUUCCACCCGUGCGAUAUGACAGCAACGGUAGUCAUGCGAAUGAUGAGAAAUAUAGGGAAGCAUCCACCUACAAAGCGCAUCAUAAAGAAGUGCACCCAUCAGAUAGUAACAUUAACUUUAACCACAUGGAAGACGACCAGUUUAGUAAUUUACCACAGAAAAGGAGAAGAAACGUGUCCCCUAGGAAUAACCCAGAUGGGACAUCCAACAACUAUCGGGGGUCGAAAGGGGGAGAACAUCACCCAGAUGAUCACCUCAUGCAUGACCACCCUUAUAGAGGAAAAAACAGUGGUCAUAAAACGGUCCAGUUUUCUGAUAAAAAUCCAACCGUGUAUUCCUACGAUGCACACAGAUUGGAUCGAAGCAAAGGAAAAGAAAUUAAAAAUAAAGUGAGUGAUAUCCACUCCGAGGUUAAAGACCCAUUUGAAUUAUAUUCUGGAGUUACCUAUCACGCAAGGGAUCUGAACCAAGGACAAAUGGAAAGAUCGGCUAAAUCAGAAGAAGGAAGAAACGGUAAGAUUUUCCAUAAUAACAAUACAAUGUGGUUCAAAAAUAGAGAUGACAUUACUACCAACCAUGUGGGUAGUCAAAAUGGAGAGGAAGAGGAGGACACCCUUUUGGGUUCCUUCACAAACUCAUUCAUGAAUUUAUUAACCUUUAAAAAUGUAUCCCAAGAUGGGAACAAAACUAUGGAAGGUGCGGGAGGAAACAUAUUACCAUUCCUCCAUGGCACCUCGUCAAAUGGUAACCAAAAUAACGCCUUAAUUUUACUUAACUCUGUUUUACUGAAAGGUGCAGGGAAAAAAAUGGAGGAACAUAGUCUCACCAACCAUCGGGAAGUCAACUUUGACGUCUACCAUCAAGGGAACAAGCGUGGUGAUUUUUUCGAAACCACUUUUGGUAAUGCCCCACAUAUGAAAGAAAUUCUUCACGCUUCACUGAAGGAGAUCUUUAAGAAUUACAAAAUUUUCGAAAAUGUAAAAAUAAAUUACCAAGUUGCCAUAAAAGGGAACCAUUACCCUCCAAAAAUAUUUGAAGACAGCGAAGUGCUCAAAAAUGACCUCAUUAUUAAAUUUAAUUAUGACUCUUUGGAGAAGGUUCCUAUAUAUUUAACAUGUAGAGACGCUCGAAACAUGGCACCAAGCAAAUACGAAGCUAAGAUGGAUAGGAGUAGUAACAACUCGGCAAAUGCCAUUCCUGAAGAAUUUAACUUAAUGCCACUACCACAGUUGUUUCCCCCUCCAAAUUUAAACAACCUCAAACUUCCCCCCAUCCCGAUAAUACCUGGGCUUCCCUCAUCUCAAAAUAUUAUCCCACCGAUUAUGUUACCCUAUAAUUCUGGUCCUUUUAAUGAACAGCCCGGCAGCACGAAUCGCCUGCCUCACGAACCGACCCAAAAUGACGUGAGUGGCAACCCCAUGGACGGUGGCAAACCCUACAGAUCGUUCGACGAUUUCUUAAACAUUUUUGACGAGGACAUUCGGAACAUUCUGCUCAAAAAUACUGACCUGGCCAAAUUGCUCAUGAGCAAACCCGAUGUCGUGAAGAAGAUGCUGAAAGGCCCCAAGUACAUUAACGAGGCCUUGUGUUCGUUGGAAGAGGAGCUUAAAAGUUGGAACCGGUCCUCCAACUGA